GGUAAAAAGCAAAAUUAAUAACUGAGAGUUAAGUUGUACCGCCACCACGGUAAAGGUAAUGGGGUUCUUUAUUUAGCCAAUGAGAUUAAGUCAUAAGAGAUAACAUAUCAAAGAGAUAAAUUAUCAGACUGGUGCCUACUGCUUUCUUAUUCUUUGUUUUCAUCGUGCCAUCUUCUUCUGUAUUUCAAACAAUAAAGUGCGACCUACGUCGUGGUUGCCGUUCAGGUGUUUUUGAAAACGGUAACGGCGACUCCGUGUUUGUCCUCACGCCCUCAAUACAUCAUGAUGAUUGAAUUCCUUGACCUGUGCGGCUUCAUCCUUCCCCGCGGCAAGACAGUUGUAAUUUGAAAGCCGCGCGUUGAGCGACGAGCUGGCGUGUGAGUUCGCAACAUCGACCCGCGAGCAAGAAUCCACUUUUUCCGACACGAUACGAGACAGUUGCUAGUGCCUUACCAACAUGCCCGAGCAGAACGACUUCAGCGGGCUGAAGCGGUCCGCCGCCGCGGCGGACAACGUGACCACAGAAGCGUCGGGCAGCGCGGCGGCCGCGGAUGCGAAGAAGCGGCGGCUGAGCGCGGCCGCGUCUCCAGGCCUUGUUCCCGAGCCCCCGCGAUUCUACCACGGAAAGGGGAGCCGGCAGGCGAAGGUAACGGACGAAAAAACGGGGAAGCAGAACCUGGUCAAGACCGAGGGGCAGAUCGCCGCGUUGCUGCAGGGCGACCGGCUCGUGCUAACGGGGUGGUUUGGAAACGAACAGGGGCUGCCGGAAAAACGGUUCGCGGUGCAUGCGAGGAAGGACCCGGCUUGUGUGAAUGAGUACAAGGUCGAAGACAUGGGCGAUCUCACGAGCUUUUUCGAACAGAGAGCCGGUGCAGAACCGCGCCGUUUCAAGAUCGUCGAGAAACACGGCCUGCAGAUAAAUGGCAAGGGUACGCUGCCGGCGCCGCUCGGGGACGUGCAGUUUCGGCUGCAGGCCCGGUUGAAGACGACGAAGCACGAUCCAAAUGCGAGUGCCCGCCGUGAGUACGCCGCGCGGGGCGAGCGGUUGCGGGCGUUCGUGAGCAAGGAAAUAUUGACGGCUGGCGACAGGAGCGCGGCGACCGGGAAAGCGGCGCGCGCCUUGCUGAACGUCGCGAAUCAGGUGCGCACGAUCUUACCGAGGGAGAGCUCGGCUUCGGGGAUGGUCCCGCAUACAGCCACAUUCCCGGCGCAAGCAGGGGCUGUGCCGACCACGAACAGCAGCAGCAGCUCCUCGUCUUCAUCGAGUUCGUCUAGUAACAGCGCAAACCACGCCGCAGGAGGAGUACUUCGAGCGGCACAGCCCAAGAGCAGCAGUUGUGUCGCCCCACCUGCAACUCCACUUCUACCCGAACAAGCCGUAGAGGCAGAGCGACGGAUUUGCGUCAUCGGAGCGACGGGAACAGGCAAGUCGAGUUUAGUCAACGCACUCCUGUGCGAGCAGCUAGCAGUGAGCGCCGGCACAGGCGCGGCCGUGACAUCCGUGCCUACCGAGUUUUUCUACAAGGCACGCAACGCGAACAAGGCACUCAACCAGCGGGAGUUCAACGGCGGGCGUGACGUGCUCGGCGCACUAAUUUACGAGCGGGGCGCCCUGCCGGUAGACGAGCGCCCGGCACCUUGCUUCGAGGUGAGCCUGAAGUUCUUAGAUUUCCGGCAGACUGCGGCACUCGUGGAGAACGCGAUCGACGAGCUUUUUGAGUGGAACGUGACCAAAACGGAGAAAGACCGCGAACACAUGCCGGUGAUGCGUCUGCUUUUUGGGCCGAGAUUUAAGGACCAGUGCGAGUGGGCACGGAACGUCGACGAAAGCAGCAGAGACGAUGCCGUAGAACGGCGACGACGGGCUCUGCAAGACUUGGCGAAACAGGAAUUGAUGAGGUGCGUAGCGGAAACACGCGCUCAACAGCGGCGUGAGGAGCAGCAGCGGAUGCAGUUGCAGGGACGCAGCGGCGUCCUCCCACCCCCACCAUCCAAUUUUGGACCUCUUGCUACAGUACUGCAACUUGCCAAGAGCCCGCCACCAGCUGCAGCAUCCCUCAUCGGCACGGUGCUCACCAGCAGUGUCUACUGCCUCGACACGCUGCGGCGUCUGCAGGACAAGUACUGGCGCAUUUUGGAGAAUGUUGCCAUCGGGGGGGAGUUUCCGCUGCUGGACCUGCCGGGCUGCAAGCUCCGGCUUGUGGACGUCCCAGGGUUCGGAGACGAGAACGGGCUACGCGAGCGGAUUGCGGAGAAAUACCUUCACAAAGCGGACAAGAUCAUCAUCUGCGCCGGGUCGGCGCGCGCGGGGAGCGACAGGCAAACGAAGGAAUAUCUCCAGAAGGUACUUUUGUAAAGGCAAAGCUGUAUUCUGAGAGGCCGUUUUCUUCCUUGUGAACGGCGAAGAUAGCCUGCCAGUGCUCUAUAGAUGAGGGGCUAGGUGUCGUGUUUGCGCUGGCGCUCGAAGCCGAUCGGGUCAUUUGUUUAUACGUUUUUCAUGAUUCUGUGAUCAAAGUUUCACUGUGCAUGUGCAAGACAUUGGCACAGAAGGAUUCGAUGAUGAUUUGCGCCAUUUUCGCAGCGUCGAUUUAUGUUUUGCUCCAAGUCCAAAUCCACUUACCAUUAAAACAACCACCAGGACGCCGUGCAGCACCUGCAGAUGAAGAACGUGGGGCGCAGCACGACGAUUUUCGUGGCCACCAAGAGCGACCAGGUUCCCGAGAACGAGCUUCAGGAGUUGGACGACCUUGAGGACGACGUGAGCCUCCUGCGGGGCCUUUACCGCGACAGCGUUGCGAAGAACGUGCGCCGCAUAUCAAAAGGAAAAAUCCCCCCUCCCCAUAUCAAAACGGAAAUCUGUGAUGCAGAUUUGUUGUCACAAAUCAGCUUUGUCAUGCUACACGGGAAAAGAUGCGGACUGUAGUGCUGGGUGGCGUGGGGAAGCCUUGCAUCUUCAGCAUGAUAGGAGGCAUCUGAGAGUGGGAAACAGCAUGAUAAAUUGCCUGUAAACGAGGCCACGGCUGCGGCUCUUGGCCUUCUAGCAUGACAAGUCGAUUUGUGACCUCAAAUACAGCAUCACAAAUUUCGUUUUCGAUAUGGGGAGGGGGGAUUUUUCCUUUCGAUACCGCAUGCUGACGGACUUCAAAUACGGAACGGACAUUAUCAAAUGUAAAAAUGUCUGGGUCUGGAAGAAUGCAACUUGUAAUGCGUAUUUCAGAACACAGAAAAGUCUCUCAUGCAUACGUAGCAAAAGCUCCCACUUUUUGUCAGCGAAAUAGGGGACUUGUCAUGCGGAUUCGGCAUUGCGGAAGGUUCUCGAAACCUGUGAUGCUAGAGCUUCCAUGCCAGACCUUCUGUGUCAUGCAAAAACAGCAUGACUCUUCCAGACCCAGACAUUUUUACAAUCCAUAGACAUCCCCGUCCACGUGAUAAGUUCCGAAAAGUACGCCGCUUUGGCGGACCUGUCCACCAACAGCAAGGAGGGCUUCACCUUCGCCGACACGGGGGUCCCGACGUUGUCGACCUCGGUGUUCAACGAGCUCUGGCAGGACGUCAACACGCCGACGCACCAGCGGCUGCGCGAGCUCUUCCUCUACUGCCAGGAGCGGAUUGUCGCACUGGAGAAGGGGGGGCCGAGCAGCGACGGCGACGCGGUGUCGGAUGCGAGCGACUUGGCGGAUGCCGUGCGGCAGGUGUACGAGGACGUAGCGGCGAAGAUCCGGAAGAACGACCUGCGGCUGAUGGACGUGCUGAAGGAUCUGGAAAGGGAAAUCCUCGGGCUGCAGGAGUGGAUGAAGAAAGCCGCCGCCGCGGCGGACCGCGCGGCGCCGGGGUGCGUCGCGGAGUGGGGGCGGCUGCACUGGGGCACCUACGCCGCCACCCUGCGGAAGGGCGGGGAACACAGCGGCAAGACCACGUGCGACUUCCACUCGGACUUGUUUCGCCAGUUCCGGGACACGCUGCAAGACGAAGGGUGGUCGGAGUUCUUCGGGAAGUGGCAGGCACAGUAUGAGAGUGCACAACUCCCCCUCGUGGUUCCCCUCAUUUGUAAUGCAAAAAUGCCAAAAUAACCUGCCUGAGCCUUUUGGCUGUACUUGCAUGACAAGUUCUGGAAGUAGCGCAAACUGCACUGUACUCCGUGCGUGGAUUUGUGAUGCAGAGACUGCAUUUUUGUUGAGGAGGUUUCUGUUGCUAGAAAUGCACUCCAAAUGAGGGGGAGGGGGAGUUGUGCACUCUCAUACGCAGCUGCAGAAGUUUGACCAGAUCUGCAAGGAGAUUUGGGACGUGAUAACGGAAGAGAUCAUCAAGCACGUGCGGGCUGAGGAGAGCCCGGUUUCCUCGCUAACUACAGAGGAGCAGCGGACCAGCAUUGCCGCGGAGAUCGGGAAGCGGGGGCGGGCCGUGGAUGUGCGCACGGUGCUGACGCCGAUGCUGGAUCCGCUGCGGCGGAAGAUCGAGGCCGUGCAGGACGAGCUAGACGGGCCGAAGGAGAACCUGAAGGACCGUUAUUCCAGCGAGUACAGCACGAUCGGACACGGCGAGUCCGGCACCGGCAGCCACGCCCGGCGGAAAAAUCGGGUGGGGACGCUCCUUAACAACGGCUGUCAAAUGGAGGAAAACAUUCGGGACCUGCUGCGGAGCGCGGGCAAGGCGCAGGACGACUGCGCGCGGCUGUCACCACAGGUCACGGACGUGUUGUGGGCGCAGGCGAAAAAAUACCUCAGUCGGGGAUCGUGGGGAGGUACUUUUUUAAGUAGGGUUAAUAUUUGCGGUGAUUUCUAUUUAUGCAUUUUAGAUCGUCGCUGCAGGUGCGUGCUUCCGCGCGUGCCGCGUUUUGUGUUUUGCGUCAGGUUUAUUUUCUUGUACGCUUCAGCAGGGUCGUCUCUGCUAAAGCAUGACGAAACGAUGACGAUCGGACGAUUCGGAACUCAUUUUUACACAAAACAAAAACUUGACUUUCAGUUGACCUGAGCCACUGCGCGAUUUGCUUGGAGGGCGGGGACCGUAAGCCGUUUUCCUUGAUUUUCCACUGUCAGCACGCGUUCCACACCGAGUGCCUGAGGGAGCACAUGCAGCGGAACGGCAAGACCUGUCCGACUUGUCGCGGGCCGGUGGAGGAGAACCUACUGGAAGUGGUUGCGGUGAAAGAGACGGAGGAAGAUCCGGAGGUGGCAAAGCGGGCACUGCAGUUGAUCCGGCAGGUUGCCGAGCAAGCGCGGAGCCUGUUAGAACAGCGCGGAAUCAAGGUAACGGAUGAAGCUGCCGCAUUGUCGUGAGCGUGACGGUGACGGAUGCAGAAGGCCUUUAGCGGCAGUAGACUAAAGCGUUCUUGGGUGAUUGAGUGAUAGUCGAGCACGAGUAUCUACGUAUUCGGCUCUCGCAGAAAGGGACAGCAAGAAACAUGAUUGAGUGUAGGCUUGGCCGCCAGUUCCCCUGCGCUUUUGGCUUUGCAGUCGGGAAAGAUGUCCGCGCAGGCUUAUUUUUCGUGUUGAGAUAAUUGAAGCCAU